CCGGAUGUGGAAGUAGUUUUUUCUCCGGGUGUAAAAUAGGAAAUUUCUCUGUGACUUCCCCCGGAAAACCAACAAGUUAAUAUCAAACGGUUUCCUGUCGGUGUGCGUGUCCGGGAGUCGGUGCCGCUGCUCCCGGGCUGUACCGGAGCGGCGGGCACCGCCAGCCCGCUGGGGACGUGGCACAUGGCGGAUUCUUUCUGUCCGCGAAGGCGCGUAAAAUGGCUCCUCGUCCCGCUCCGGGCUCCACACUCACUGCGCUGGGUAGCCGACGGCUUCCAUUGUCGGACACGCCGUACAGCUAACUCCGUUAGCUUUGCUCACUUUCCGACUGGAUGAACCAGAUGUCGUUGGUGGACCUCGGAAAGCGUCUGCUGGAGGCGGCUCGUAAAGGGCAGGACGAUGAGGUCAGAAACCUGAUGGCCAACGGAGCGCCGUUCACCACCGACUGGUUAGGGACGUCCCCCCUCCACCUGGCCGCUCAGCACGGUCAUUACUCCACUGCCGACGUCCUGCUCAGGGCCGGCGUCAGCAGGGACGCCCGCACCAAGGUGGACCGGACGCCGCUGCACAUGGCCGCCGCAGAGGGACACACCAUCAUCGUGGAGCUGCUGGUCCGAAGCGGCGCAGACAUCAACGCCAAAGACAUGCUGAAGAUGACGGCGCUGCACUGGGCGGCGCAGCACGGGCACCACGGCGUGGCCGAGACGCUCAUCAAGCACGGAGCCGACGUGCACUCGCUCAGCAAGUUCGACAAGACGCCGUUCGACAUCGCUGUCGACAUCCAGAACACCGACCUGAUGCUGCAGCUGCAGGAGGGCAUGCAGAACCAGGUGAACAUGAACCAGGUGAGUAUGAAUGUGGAGACGAGCUCCACCACCAACCAACAGCAGUUCAUCAUCCAGGGGAUACCUUCCUUACAGGGGGGCGUGGUCAACCUGGCAGAGCUGCUCAACAAGGCCAAUGCAGGUAUGACAUCACUCACACUCAUACGCACACGCACAGACACACACACACUCACACCCGGACGUGAUGUUGCUGUUUCAGGAGAUUCAGAGGAGGCGAUGGCGGCCAGCGCUCUGGACUCGAACAUCCAACACGCCACGGUGGUCAACGAGGGCGGUCAGAGGGUCAUCACCAUCGUCACGGACCAGCAUGGCAACCUGCAGACCACUGGAGGGAUGUCUCAGCCCUUCUUCGUGACCAUGCAGCACGGACAACAGAUGCUGGCGGUGCCGGCCAACGCAGUGACGGAGGAGGUGGUGACGGAGGAGCCGCACCCCCCACCCAGCCGGAAGAGGAAGCUGGAGGUAACCAACAACCACAACGACAGCGGAGAGACGGAGUUAUUGCAGAGGCAGCUGCUGGAGGCCAACAGGAAGGCGCAGGAAUACCGACAGCAGCUGAUGCAUAAAGAGCAGGAGGCCGAGGAGUACCGCAUCAAACUGGAGGCCAUGUCCCAGAGUCAGGCCAACCGGAUCGGUGUCAACACCGUCACCCUGACCGCUGACGGCGCCGCCAACGCUGCGGCCAGCCCGGAGGAGGUGGUGGGAGGAGAUGAAGACGAAGAGGAGGGAGCUGCCAGCAUGGUGGAGGAGGAGGGCGAGAUGGUUGUGCUGCCGGAUGGAGGCAUCAUCAUGGAGGGGGAGGAGGGUCAGGUGACGCUUGUGGAGGCAGGGGGUGAAACAACGGAGGUCAGCUCCUAACAGAGAAGGUCGGGGGGGAGGGAGUGAUGCCAACAAAGAGACGCAUCAUAAGAGCAGAGGGUCAGUUUGACUCACAAGUUUGAUUCCCAUUGAACAGAGUGAUGGAGGAGCUGAGUCGGAUGAUUUUAACUGUGCGCCAUUUUGAAUCCCCAGCAGAAAAGACAAAAUGGUUUCUUAACAAACAGUCGUAGGAGGAAGGUGGAGCCAGAACUCCUUCCAUCGGGUUUCAGUCGUGCAGCAUUUUGAUGAUGUUCUCGGUUGAAGAAGCAAAACAGCUUCUGUUAGAAAACAGAACAAUAAACAGAAAACGGACAACAUGAGCAGAAUGGUGGAAUUUAGUUGUGCACCAUUUAGAUUCCCCCGAAAAUUGAUUCAAAGGAAUGAUGAACAAAAUGGCUGCUACAGAAAGUGACAGGAUUUCAGUCGUGCACCACUUUGACUUGUCCUUCAGAGAGGGAGACAAAAUGUCUUCCCCAAAGAACUCCCACAGCAGGAAAAAGAUACACUUCAAAAAACCAUCAUCACCACGAGAAGGACCUCAGACCGGCGCCAUUUUGAAUCCUUGAAAUAUUUGAUACGAACACGAGAGGAGAAAAAUAUGGCUUCAACCAGAAGAAGAGGAAAGUGAAAACCAAAACCUGAUGUCCAGUUGGCCCCAUGUUCCCAGUAACUGUGAGCGAAUACUUUUCACAAGAGAGGAAAGAUGCUGAAUGGCUGCAGAAGAAGCUGGAAUAAAGAAACCAGUGAUCGUGUUCAGGAGGAGCUGGGAACCCAAGUCGGACGUGGACACGCCCCCUCUGUUGGAUCAACUCCCAGUCGGACUCGGAGUUACUGUGUGAGGACUAAACCUGGUUUGUGUAAAAUAGUUCUCAGAAGGUUUGAGUUUGUUUUAAACGUUGUUUUGGUCACGGAUGGCUCCUCCCACUGGAGCCAUUUGUGUCCCUUCUUAUUUCCGUCAUAUUCAGUUUUACUGGUGACACAAACCAUCCCAGCUGUUCGUCUGACGCCUUUAACCUGGGACCAGUUGCUCCUUUUUAAAACCCAGUUACUCGAACUUUCCAUCGGUUUCACCAUCUUGCUUCCUCAGAAGAAAACAAGGCGACAGCAGAAGACUUUCGUUUGGACUAAACAACUUCCUGUUUGUUUCCCAUGUUCUGCUAUUUUUAUACUUUGUCUCUGGACGUUUUCGGAUGUGACUUCAUGUGUAAAACAAACGCAACCAACUUGUACGAUUUCCUGUUGCUACGGCUCGUGUUCUUUUUCAGUCACUCGUUGACUUUAGUUGGAAAAUAGAAAAAAUCCCGAAAGUGAAGCAGAUUCUUCAUGAAACCUUCAAUUAUUCAGUCAUUGUGAUUUUUUUCUUUCUCGUCCGGCUCCUUUGCAUCAUGAUGCCGUCGCUACUCGGUUGUUUUCACGUGGCUGCCACUCGCCUACCGACCCCCGACGCCAUUAUUAAUGAAUUGGUCAAAUGUUCCCGUCAGCAGUUCUUACAGAUGAACGUCUUCACGAGUCAAAACCUUCAUAGAAAAUCCAAAAGAAAAACUGAAAGUUCAAAUGUUCGUGAGACGUUCAUCGUUAUCGUGUGAAAAGCAACUCAGGUCCUGAUAGAUUGUUUCAGCUGUGUUCGGCUCAAUGCAUCACUUUUUAAUGACCAUCUUUUCAGUGGAUAUUGUUCAUUAUAACCACUUGUGUUUCUGUGACUUUCAUAAAACAGGAUCAUAUCGACGGGUUGAAUCUCUCGUCUGUUCUCUGAGCGACUUCCUUCAGUUCUCAUGAAGAUGAUCAGUCAUCACAGGAAACACGAGUCGUCUUCAGACUCAAACGUCUUUUCUCAAAAAGUUGCUGGAAAUAUUCUGAGUUAAUGUGUUUAUCAUCUUAAUUAAAAACUUUGAGUCUUAAUAACAAUAGUCUAAACUCGGAUGAAACCAAAUAUACAGUUAAUUUUGGAAACUUGAGCUUUUAAUGAAAAAUAUUCAUAUUUUGGUAUAACUAUUAUGACUAAAGAAAAUUGAUCACAAAAAUAUUUUCUGUGGAUGACUAAAAGGAUAAUCAACUAAAGAGUCUUGCCAAAAUGCCUUAAACAGAUGAUAUCAUUUGUUUUAAACAUAAAAAUAUUCUGUUUACUUUCCAACAAGGCAAAGAGAUCUGGAGCGUUUCGUACUUUCACCUUAAAAUGUCCCUAAAAUACAGAUGAGAAGUCCCACGGUCCCACGUGAAGACGACUUCAUUGGUCCGAGCUCUGACGUGAAUAAGCUUCUGAGUGGAUCUGAGGAAAUAUUAAUUAAAACGUGACCAUGUACCAACUAACACGACUCCGCUGUACGUCCACAAAUUGGAAUUUUCUCUGAAUCAUCAUAAAAACAUGCGUGUGAACCGACGAGUGGACAUAAUGUGGAGUGUCUGAAGUCUCGGUUGUUCUGUUCUCCCUGGCUCCCUCCCCCUGUAAUCAAUCAGUACUGGAUGCCUCCCUGUCAGCUGAUCUCCUGUUGGUGCGUCCUCGUCCUCCCAUCACUGAUUCAUUUGAGUUGUUUUUAGAAGCUCAACCUUUUUCUAUGUACAUAAAAAGUUGUAUUUUUUUAACUGUACCUGAAUGAUGAUGGAUGACGGCUGCCUGCCCAGGUUAAAGUACUCAGAAAUAUAAAUACUUGUUUUUUGAAUAACA